UUGUGUAUUCUCGGCUACUGUGUAUCCACCAGAAGAAGAAAGGUAAGCGAAGAAUGUUAAAGCGAGUAGUCGCCUUCGUCUACUCUGUAUUAGCUUCACCUGCGUCAAUGGAUCCGACACCGAUCUGCAUUCCUCUUGAGCUCCAGAUUGAGAUACUCUUAAGAUUGCCUGUGAAGUCUCUAUUGAGAUUUCGAUGUGUGUCCAAGCUUUGGUCCUCUAUCAUCACCAGCCAAGAUUUCCAGAAACGUUAUUUGAAUAUUGCUUCUUCCUCAUCUCCUCGUCUUCUCAUUGCUUUUGAAGACUUCUACGGAGAAAAACUUACGUUAGUCUCCUCGCCUAACCCAAACACAUCUUUGUCUUCCUCUUCUUCUUCAUGCUGUGUACCUUACGAAGAUUUGAGCCUACGACUAAACAUUAAAGGGAAAAAGGUGUAUAAUGCGGGUCGAGGUUUGAUUUGCGUUGGAGGUUUUUCAAAUGUUGGGAUUUGUAAUCCCAGCAGGAGACAGCUGCAUACUUUUCCCGACUUCGAAUUCAAAAAUUAUCCACAAGUUUUUCCACGCCCCAAGUACAUGUUUGGGUACGAUCCUGUUGGAGAUCAGUAUAAAGUACUUGCCGUUGAUGAUUUGCCUUGGAGAUUGGAGCAUAAGGUUAUUGUAUUGGGAGGAGAAGAAGCUUGGAGAGAGGCUCCGUGUAUCACCUGUCCUCAUAUUAUUCAUACCUGGGGGAUGUAUAUGAACGGAACACUGUACUACGGGGCUUCCAUGAAGGACACUGAUUCCCCGGAUAGUAAUUCUAUAAUUGUGAGUUUUGAUGUUAGGCUUGAAACGUUUAACGUCAUCAAUGUACCAAGCAGACUUAUACCAAUGGGUUUUGAGAAUAUGUGGGUUGCUGAUAAGUGGGCUAUUACAGUUACAGAUAAAACUCUGAUCAACUACAGAGGUAAAAUUGGUGUGGUUGAGAAACCUCGUAAGGGUAGUUUUCGAAUGUGGGUUGUGGAAGAUGCUAAGAAAGAAGAAUGGUCCAUGAACACGUUUCAUUUGCCCCAGUCUGCUGCUGGUGAUGACUUUAACGUCAUGGAUACCUUUUAUAACGGCGAGGUUUGUCUAGUUCCAAAAGAAUUGUCUGAUCCGUUUCGUCUUUUCUUUUACAAUUUGGAUAGGAAAAGCAUGAGAAGUGUCACAAUUGAAGGACUGCCUAUGUCCGAGCUUAAGCGAUUCAGUGACAUUUCUGUGACUGUUUCCGAUUACUACGAGAGCUUAAAGAACAUGAAGUUUAUUUAAGGUUUUUCUUUAUAUAUGCUUAUUUAAUUAUAGAACUUGAAAACUUAUGUUUUGAGAAGCACCAUUAUUUAAAGAUCUGACCUUAUGCUUAAAUUCAUGCUCGACCUGAUCUUUUUGAUCUGACCUUAUGCAAUGGCUUUUUCUCUUUUUCUUAACAAUGUUAAA